UGAAGAGAUUAUGGGUUGGAGUUGUGCCUGGUAGACUCCUGUGGGACUGACAGUCUAAAACAGACAAAGCAGCGGCUGUGGACUUCUGGUGCCAUGUCCCGUCCACUGGGAAAGAAAGCGCUGCCUUGGGCCAGGCUGCUACUUCUGCUGAGCUUUCAGGUUCUCGUCACUCCUGUCUCGAAGGCCAAUAAAGAAACAGACUUAUCUAUUAAUUUUAUUCCCACAGUGGAAUUUGCCAUAAACACAUUCAAUCAGAAAAGUCAGGAUGAAUAUGCCUACAGGCUGGAACAUAUCAUGAGUUCCUGGAAGGAGAUGGUAUAUUUUCCAACCACGUAUUCCAUGAGACUUCAACUUCGUAGAACCAUAUGCAAGAAAUUUGAGGAGAGUCUCGACAUUUGCCCCUUUCAGGAGAGCCAUGAUCUUAAUAAUACCUUCAUCUGCCUGUUCACUGUUGGUACCUACCCCUGGAUAACAGAAUUCAAGCUAUUCAAGAGUGUGUGCUCAUAGUUUCUCUGACUGGAGUCACCCACGGACUGGAUAUGUAUGUCUCUGCAUCCAUGAAGGGGUUAUCCUUGGCAUAGCCUCUGUGCUCAUGUUUCUUGUUUUGCAACAUUGUGUAGUAUCAAGACUGAGUAUACGGAUAAUAACUAGAGAAAAUGUAUAUUGCCGCUGUUUCAUCAUUUAGAAUAGCUCAUUAAAUAUUGCAUUUAUGAACA